AUUUUAGGAAGGGACGAAGUUGUAAAUAGAUUACACCAACCUUCAAACCGCAAAUUGUCUAUUUUAAAAAGUAUUCAUUGAUUGAUUGUAGUUGAACACUUUAAAUGGUAGAGGUGUUUUGUCGAUGGCAACAUAUUUCGAGAACCUGACUUUUGUAUGUUAUAAGAUCUCAAGUGAAAAGAUAUUUAUGUUACACACUUAACAGUAUAUAGACGAUCUUGUGUAUUGAUGGAAGUGUCAACCAAAUCAAAGUAAACAUCUUCUGAACACAAUUAAUCCUGGAGAUAGCUGUCCAAACAUGAGUAGGUUUGAUCAGUUCUACAGAAAACUUAUAGUGACCAAGUUCUUCACUAGAGGCUGGGGAGAACCAGAAAACUUAAAAAAAAUAUUUGACUUUAGGAAAAUAUUGGGGAAUAGAGAUGAAUGUUACAAACUGGUACCUCCUGAUUAUCCAGUAACUAUAGACAAGGAUGAGCUGCAAGGUGAUGUUAGAAUACUGGAAGGACAUUUUGAAUCACCAUUUAAGAAGUGCAUACCAGGACUUAUGCCAAAGGAAACAGAAACUGCCAGAUUUCAAAUGAUCUUGCCAAAAGAGUGGAAAAGUCAUCAUAAACCUGUGUGUUUACAACUAGCUGGAACUGGAGAUCAUUAUUACUGGAGGAGAAGAACAGUUGUAGCUCGUCCUUUGUUGAAAGAAAGUGGAAUAGCAUCUAUAAUUCUGGAAAGUCCAUAUUAUGGUUUAAGGAAACCUAAAAGACAGUUGAGAUCCAGUCUACAUUAUACCUGUGACCUGUUUGUGAUGGGAGGAGCCCUGAUGUUAGAGUCCCUAGUCUUAUUUAACUGGUGUGAACGACAUGGCUUUGGACCAUUAGGUGUAACAGGCAUAUCUAUGGGGGGAUUUAUGGCCUCCCUUGCAGCAUCAGUUUAUCCAAAGCCAAUAUCAUUGAUCCCAUGUUUAUCAUGGACAACAGCCUCCACUGUCUUUACAAAGGGAGUAAUGAGCCAGGCAAUACCAUGGAAGGUUCUAGAAAAUCAAUAUUCAGUGGACACUGUUUAUGCUGAUGAGAUCAAACACACACUUAUCUCCCCUGAACAGGUUUUAGGAUCCACUUAUAACAUGGGACAUGAGUUUGUUAAAACCUACUCUGACAAACUUGAAGAUUCUAAGUUAAACCAGUCUUAUUCAAACAUUGAGAAAACCCUGAAGGAAAGACACAGUCAUGCAUUCAUGGAUGAUAAAAUGGACGUCGAAGCUGAUAUACAUUCAAUGGAAGACUACAUCGUUAAGAAGAGUGGGUGUAAGGGAGAUAACAAGACAGUGGGGAAAUCCCCUAUAGACAGGAAGAGUCUUAAAGAUAAUGCCCUAGAUUUUAUGAGAGGAGUUAUGGAUGAAUGCACACAUUUAGGCAAUUUUUCCAUUCCAGUGGACCCAAGUCUGAUAAUCAUUGUAGCAGCCAACCAUGAUGCCUAUGUACCCAGAACCAAUGUUAUAAGUUUGGAGCAAUUAUGGCCUGGUUCUCAAGUCAGAUAUAUAGACUCAGGACAUAUCAACGCUUUUCUAUUCCACAAUGUACAAUUUAGACACGCUAUUGCAGAUUCAUUUAAUGAGCAGAUUAAAAAAUAUCACAGUUGACGCAGGGAAAACAUAGGUCUUCUUACAUCAGAUCAUAGGUCUCUUUACAUCAGAUAACCCAGGGAAAACAUUGCUCUUUUUACACCAGUAUUACACUAUUGGCAGCAUUUAAUCCGAUGUAUGUGUUCAAUUGUGUAUUGUGUACACUGUGAAAGUCAGAUCUUAGUCAAUAUUGUCUGAAUUGAAUGUGAAGUAAUUUAUUUACAUGACAGUGGACAGUGAAUUAUUAAGUCAGAUCUUAGUCAAUUUAUUUUUUAUGACAGAAGACAGUGAAUUAUUUAGUCAGAUAUCAGUCAAUAGUUUAACAUUUAUUUUUAUUUAAAGUGAAGUGAUGUGAUUUACAUAACAGAAGUCAGUCAGAUCGUAGUAAUAUUAUAUUCAUUUAUAUGUGGAGUAAUUGAUUUACAUAACAGUUGUCAGUUUGUUCCUAGUCAAUAUUUUUAUUUGAUAAUUAUCUGGUAGAAUAUCAUCUUUUGAGUUAUUUCAUGCUGUGUCUUGCUCAAGGUUUGAACAUAAGAUUAGAAGGGACAGAUUUUCAUUUCUUGCAUUUCAGGGAUGUAAUAAUAAAUGAAGUGGGAAUUGAUUGUGCAGGAUGAAGGUCUAUGACCAAAACUUCCCUAUAUACAGUAAUUCAGACAGUAAAAUCUUAUAUUAAUAUUGUGGAUUUGUAAGUAAAUAAGUUUGUAAACAAUGUAAAUGCUAUGGUAGUGUUUUACAUA